AUGGAUCCUUCGGAAAAGAAGAUAUCGGUGUGGAUCUGCCAGGAAGAGAAGCUGGUGUCCGGCCUCUCCCGCCGCACCACUUGCUCCGACGUUGUGCGAGUGCUUUUGGAGGACGGCUGCCGGCGGCGACGGAGACAGCGGCGGAGCCGGCGGCGGGGGUCGGCCGGCGAUUCGCAUGGCCUGGGAGAGCUGCCCGAACCCCCGGACGAGGACGACGAGGACGACGACGAGGCGCUGCCGCAGGGCAUGCUGUGCGGGCCCCCGCAGUGCUAUUGCAUCGUGGAGAAGUGGCGCGGCUUUGAGCGCAUCCUCCCCAACAAGACGCGCAUCUUGCGCCUCUGGGCUGCCUGGGGCGAAGAGCAAGAGAAUGUGCGCUUUGUGCUAGUGCGCAGCGAGGCAUCGCUGCCUAACGCCGGCCCCCGCAGCGCCGAGGCGCGCGUAGUGCUGAGCCGAGAGCGCCCCUGUCCGGCCCGCGGGUCCCCGGCGCGGCCCAGCCUGGCCAUGACCCAGGAGAAACAGCGGAGAGUGGUGCGCAAGGCCUUUCGCAAACUGGCCAAGCUCAACCGGCGGCGCCAGCAGCAGCCACUGUCGUCCUGUUCGUCCACUUCGUCGUCCACUGCCUCGUCCUGCUCUUCGUCGCCGCGGACCCACGAGAGCGCGUCGGUGGAGCGCAUGGAGACGCUGGUGCAUCUGGUGCUCUCCCAGGACCACACCAUUCGCCAGCAGGUGCAGCGGCUCCACGAGCUGGACCGCGAGAUCGAUCGCUACGAGGCCAAGGUGCACCUGGACCGCAUGCGGCGUCACGGGGUCAACUACGUGCAGGACACUUACUUGGUUGGGGCAGGCAUCGAGCUCGACGGGUCCAGCCCGGGAGAGGAGCCAGAAGAGGUGGCGGCGGAGGCGGCGGAGGCGGAGGCGGCCUCCCCUUUAGACGGCGAGGCGCAGGCGGCGGCGCUGGAGGAGCUGGCCCGGCGCUGCGACGACUUGCUGCGACUUCAGGAGCAACGGGUUCAGCAGGAGGAGUUGCUGGAGCGCCUUUCAGCCGAGAUUCAGGAGGAACUCAACCAGAGGUGGAUGCGGCGGCGCCUGGAGGAGCUGGCGGCGCGGGAGGAGCCCCUGGAGCCCGACGGUGGCCCCGACGGCGAGCUGCUGCUGGAGCAGGAACGGGUCAGGACGCAGCUCAGCACCAGCCUUUACAUCGGGCUGCGGCUCAACACGGACCUAGAGGCCGUCAAGUCGGACUUGGAUUACAGCCAGCAGCAAUGGGACAGCAAGGAGCGCGAGCUACAGGGCCUUCUGCAAACUUUGCACACUUUGGAGCUGACGGUGGCACCGGAUGGGGCUCCUGGCUCUGGCGGUCCCUCGCGGGAACCUGGGCCUCAAGCCUGCGCCGACAUGUGGGUGGACCAGGCCCGUGGACUGGCCAAGAGCGGUCCUGGCAACGACGAAGACUCGGAUACGGGACUGAGCUCUAUGCAUAGCCAAGACUCGGAUUCCGUGCCCAUGUGCGAAUCCCUUGUGUAG